CUUGACAUUCAUGUAACUCUAUGCACAGCAGUGGCAGUGUUUCUCAACCUUUUUUCAGUCAAGGCACCCUUUAAAAUUAUGGACAGUCCUGAAGCACCCUUUAAAAUUAUGGACAGUCCAGAAGCACCCUUUAAAAUUAUGGACAGUCCCGAAGCACCCUUUAAAAUUAUGGACAGUCCAGAAGCACCCUUUUAAAAUUAUGGACAGUCCCAAAGCAUCCUUUAAAAUUAUGGACAGUCCCAAAGCACCCUUUAAAAUUAUGGACAGUCUCGAGGCACCCUUUAAAAUUAUGGACAGUCCAGAAGCACCCUUUAAAAUUAUGGACAGUCCCGAAGCACCCUUUAAAAUUAUGGACAGUCUCGAGGCACCCUUUAAAAUUAUGGACAGUCCAAGCACCUUUAAAAUUAUGAACAGUCCUGAGGCACCCUUUAAAGUUAUGGACAGUCUCAAGACACCCCAAAUGUGAAAAAU